GGGUAGGUGCAAGUUUCCAUACCGCAAAGUCAGGUGGUGUCUUAGAGUCCGCAAAACUCGUAAAUCUAUUUCGCAUAAUUAUUUUUUACAUGAAUAAUUAUUUUUUUGUUGGUAUAAUUAAAUUUAUUAAUAAUUUUGGCCAUGCUUUCUUGUUUGUUUUAUAUAGCCGAAAGGAUUAUAUUAACUUGAAGGAUUAAGUAGAAAAUAAUAACUGUAAAAUGGAUAAUAUUUCUUUUUCAUAUGAUAAGAUAUCGGGAGACGAUAAGAGUUUAAGUUUGUUACAAGAAUCUAAUCUCAUUAAUGAAGGAAAGUGGAUAUGUGCAGAAUCAUACGAGGAAAUACUCGCUUUAAUUCAAAACUAUGAAACAGAAACUGUGUCAAAGUUUUCAUGCUAUUCUGCUGACAAAAACUUUGGUAAUAUAGAAGCUUCUGUCAAACACCAUAAAAUAAGAUGGGAGGACGACUCUGUACCUUUUAAUGGUGUUCCAUUCGUGAUUGUAGGAAGUAAAGUCUUUGACUGUAUGCAUGGAAGAGAUAGAAAAGUAUCUUUUAAAGAAGAAUAUAAAAUGCGUUGCAAUGAUAGAAAGGUAUCUGAUCACAGUUACUUUAAAAGCUAUGAAAUGACCCAGGACACAAAGAAAUUUAAUUGUAGUUCACAAAUAAAGAUCAAAGAAGUUUUAAAAUUUCCAGAUUUUAAGAUUAUAGAAGAUAGUAAAUGGAAAAGAGUAACCUCCUCCAAAAAAAUUCGAGAAGCAAUUUCAAAAAAUGAAGCAGUGGGACAAAAAAUAUUUUUAAUUUUUCUUCCAUCAAUGAGUUCUCACACUGGACACUUUACUGGAAAUGCUGCUGGUAUAUCCCAGCCAAUUGAUGCAAGAUUAAAAGAAGAAAUAUUUACAUCGUCUGAAUUUAUAACUAGUGUUGAUGAAAUGCGUAGGAGAUUAGAAAUCAUUGUGACAAGAGAAAUUUUUAAAAAUAGUAUAUGUCCAUCUAAAUCAAAUAAAAGGUUCUUCCCAUCCAAAAAAACUAUUCGUUCUUACAUGUUGGAAGCAAUAAGAAAGAAAAGGUAUUCAAAUAUUGACCAAGAAUGUCUUAUAAAAAAAGUAGAACAAUGGAAAGUUGAAAAUCCUCACAGAAGAUUUUACCUUCGACCUAAAGGGAUAAGUGAAAAUUAUGCAGUCAAAGUUGAAUGCUCAGCUGUCGAAAGCACCGAAGAUGAGGAUGAGAUUGUUGUAGAAGCAUUAAGCAAUAGUUUUUUAUUUGUUUAUCAAACUGAAGAAAUGCAGAGGUUGUUAAAAAUAUAUGGCAAUGAAAUUACCCUUUUGGAUGCCACUUACAAAACAACAAAAUAUUCUUUACCACUCUUUUUUCUUGUUGUAAAAACAAAUGUCGAUUAUCAGAUAGUAGGUACCUUUAUUUGUGAAGGAGAGUCAACGAAAAAUAUUCAAAGUGGUCUUGCUAAAAUAAAAGAAUGGAAUCCUAAUUGGAAUCCUUUAUAUUUUAUGGUUGAUUGUUGUGCUGAAGAAAUUAAUGCUAUUGAGUCUUUACAUCAAGGUAUUUCAAGAUUUUAAUAAGCUGCAUAUUUUAUUCCCCUUCUCGGUGUAGUUAAGGCAAUUUACAAGUUAUUCUAAUUCGUUUAUUUGGUAUAAGCAUGGUUUUUUCAGCGUAUUAUGUCCAAAAAAGA